AUGCUUUUUGAACCUGACAUUUUGAAUAGAUAUCAACAAUUUUCAACUUAUCAAACAUAAAAUAUAAAGGUGAUGGAAGUUCUUAAUACAGCGCUUUUUGAAAGAGCAUUACUGGAAGGCUCAUAUGCUUAAAGUUUAGAUCAAUUAGCUAAAAUACUAGACCUCACAGAAAAUGGCAUAAUAAAUGAUGACAUAAUUGAUUUGGUUCAAGCUUAUAGAAGUGUAAUAUUGUGUGAGAAGGAAUAAGCAGAAUAUUUGAAAGAAUCUUAUAAAAAUGAUGCUUUGGUUAUAUUAAAGGAUAUGCUUGCUAAGUAAUAUGAAGGAGUUUCUUAAAUGGAGAAUUCUUGUCGACUUUUAGAUAAAUAACUUAAAUCUAAUGUAAACAAUUUAUCAAGAAGAGCUAAUCGUUAUAAAUAAAGUAUAAUUGAUUUACCUUUUGCUAAAACCGAUUCCAUUAAAACAGCUUUAGAAUAAGAAAAGCAAUAAAAUACAAUUUUUUUAAGAUAAGCAAUAACUGAUUACAAUUAGACAAUCAGUGAAUACUUUGAAGGAUGUGCUUAAUAAGAGUAGACUGUCAUUCAAUUAGAUAAAUAGAGAAGAGCUGUUUUUAAUGAUAUUCACAUGAAAUUAUAAGUUUUUCAUAUUUCUACAAUAAAAAAUAUCGAAUAUGCACUUAAAAAAAUGAACUAAGUAAUGAUGUAUAAAAAUAUAGAAAAUAGAAGUUUAAGAUUUAUCAAAACCUAUUUUCAUGUUCAAAAUAGAAGAUUAAACAAGGCCAGUGUUGAAUAAGUUUAAUGUUAAUGAUUAUAUCUCAUAAACGGAGAUGGAAAUUCGAAAUUAAUAACCAUCAUUGAAUCUGAAAUCAAAAUAAGCUACCCAAGGUAAAACAUUAAUUAAAAAAAAGAAAUCAAGUCAUUAUGGUCCUCAAUUAAAAGAACAAUAAAUCGAGAGAGCUCAUAUGACUCUGUAUUUAACUAAUUAAGUUAAUCAAACUUUGUAGUUAAUGAUCAAUUAUUUGCAAAGUUGGCAGGGUCAAAUGAAGAAUUAGAUUAAUUUUUAGAUUCUUUGAGAGAAUCAAAAUUGCCAAUCGAUGCUAAAUCUUAAUUAAUAAAGCUGAAUAUUUAUAUGCAAAAUCUUCAUAAAUUAUUAGUUGACCUGAUUCUUUAUGUAAAUAAUUAUAUGAACUAUUAGUUAUAUCAUCGAAAUCUAACUGAGCAAACAAUCAAGUUAAUAAAAUAGACACUACAAAAGUAUUUAACAUAUCCUGUGCAAAAUGAAUUAAAAGAUUAAAUAACAUUAUAUUAUGAUAACAUAUUAAAGCAACCUUGUUUAAUGGAUGUUGAGUUUUGGAAGAGACAUUUCAUUAUAAAGCUACAUGAAUAAUAAUAGGUUGAACCAUAAACUUAAAUAAAAAGAUAAGAAAUAAUUGCAGAAAUUAAAUUUUAAUCAUCAAAACUCCUUUAACAUAGUAUCAAUGCAAGUGUCAUAGUUCAAGCAGUAUAGAAAUUAGAACUAGAACAAAAUGAGAUUGAUCAAAUAAUAACUCAUAUCAAUAUGAAAGCAGAGGAGAGAUGA